UUAUUAUAGUAGAAAAUGUCUUCUUAGAGUUUUGGUUCAUAGAUGAGUCUUACCAUGCAUCAAAUGAAAAUGUGGGUGUGAAUACGAAAAUUUUGGCACAUCACUAUCAUUUUGAAAGGGGAGUACUUAUUUAUUAUAUGGGUAUGGGAGGUUAGAAUUCUCACGAAGCAAAUUCAAGACUCAUGGACUUUGAGCUGGCAAUAGGGACAACACAAACCUGUUCUCUAAUUUCCCCCGUAAUUAUCGUCCUCCUUGUUUGUAACUUCAAUAUUGUAGCUAACGAUAAAUACCAAAGCAUAAUAAGGACAAAUUAAGCAUGCAAAUUAUAAGAACAACACACACCUCACAAACAUUGCAUCAAGUUAAGCUCAGUUGAGAAGGGAUAAAAAGAGACUCUACCAAACAGUUAGAACAUCACAAUACAAAAGAAAUGGUAAUGAUGAAAGAGAAUAUUAUUGAAGUGAAGCUUGGAAGGAGCCAAAUGUCUAUGGUAGAAGGUGAGUUCCAAGGAACAUGGGGUGUCAAGAGACGACGAAGAGAGGUUGCUGCAGCAGCAAGCAGCCGUGAUGAUAACCACCACCAGCAGUCACCACAGCAAGAAGUUGGUGAAAAUUCUUCAAUCAGCACAACAAAGAGAAGCUCAAGAUUUCGCGGUGUUAGCAGACAUAGAUGGACGGGUCGGUAUGAAGCUCACUUGUGGGACAAACUCUCUUGGAACAUAACACAGAAGAAGAAAGGGAAGCAAGUUUACCUUGGGGCUUAUGAUGAAGAAGAAUCUGCUGCCAGAGCAUAUGAUUUAGCUGCACUUAAGUAUUGGGGAAAUUCAACUUUCACCAAUUUUCCAAUAUCAGAUUAUGAGAAAGAGAUAGAAAUAAUGCAGACUAUGACCAAAGAGGAGUAUUUGGCCACUUUAAGGAGAAAGAGCAGUGGCUUUUCAAGAGGUGUAUCAAAGUAUCGGGGUGUUGCAAGGCACCACCACAAUGGUAGAUGGGAAGCAAGAAUAGGAAGGGUUUUUGGAAACAAAUAUCUCUACCUUGGCACCUACAGCACCCAAGAAGAAGCUGCGCAUGCUUAUGACAUAGCAGCCAUUGAGUACAGAGGAAUUCAUGCUGUAACAAACUUUGAUUUGAGCACUUACAUAAAAUGGUUAAAGCCUUCAGGAGGAGGCACCCCAGAAGCAAAUCUUGAAUCACAUGCAGUACUAGAGCAUCAAAAGUUGGCAUCCCCAUCUAACUAUGCUCUAACAGAAGAGUCUAAGUCUUUGGUCCUUCACAACAGUUUUAUCAGUCCAGAUUCUCUGGAUUCACCUGUAAAGCAUGAAAGUUUUGGAAACAAAACCUACCAAUUCUCAAGCAAUAAGUCAUCUUCUCCCACUGCACUUGGUCUCCUUCUGCGCUCUUCGCUAUUUAGAGAAUUGGUUGAAAAGAAUUCAAAUGUUUCUGGAGAAGAAGCUGAUGGGGAAGUCACUAAGGAUCAACAGCCACAAAUAGCUAGCGAUGAUGAUCUGGAUGGAAUCUUCUUCAAUAGCUUUGGUGAUAUUCCAUUUGUGUGUGAUUCCACCAGAUACAACUUGGAAUUUCAGGAAAGAGAGCUGCACUCAAUAUUUUGAACAUAGAUUGUGUAGAUUUUGCCCUCAAUUUGUCUUGAUCUCAGUUCCUUCCACUUUUAGACAAGAGAAUAAUGAUAUUUGUUAAAAGAACAGGCUUGAUAACAGGAACAUGUACAUGGAAGUUCUUCUUAACAAAAAGCAAUCCCCUCAUGUUAUGUUUCAAAAUAGGUUUAAAAUUGUGUUUUUGGUUGUUGCUGCAUAAGGGUGACCGUUGAAGGCUGAUGCAGGUCAAUUGCGAUUGCUGCAGUCCAUAAUCAAGGUCUAGUGUAAAUAGUUAAAUUGCAUCAAUACAUGCUUUUCAUUGUAUUGUGUAAAUAAGUAAAUCAAACAUUAAAAAGAAAGUAUAUUAUUACACUAAA